GCCCGGGCCGGGGGCGGCUCCCAGGGCGGGCAGCAGAGCGGGGCCGCCCCGGCCGUGUCCCCUCCCCGCGCCGCCCCCUCCCCGCUCCGCAGUGCUGCCGGAGCCGCGCUGCGCCGAGCCGAGCCGCUCCCGGCCCAGGACCCCCGGCGAUGACCGACGCGGUGGUGGGCAGCGGCUCCGACCGCUGGAUGUGCCCCGGAGACAGGACCAUGUCCCUCCGAGCCGGCAGUGAGAAGGAGCAGCUCCCUCGGCCGCGGAAAGGCGAGGAGCUGACGGAUGAGGAGAAGGAGAUCAUCAACAGAGUCAUCGCCCGCGCCGAGAAGAUGGAGGAGAUGGAGCAGGAGCGCAUCGGGCGCCUGAUGACCCGCCUGGAGGACAUGCGCCGCAGCGUGCUGGGGGACGGCGUGAACCGCUGCAUCCUCUGCGGGGAGCAGCUGGGGCCGCGCGGCUCCGCCUGCGUCGUCUGCGAGGACUGCAAGAAGAACGUCUGCACCAAGUGCGGCGUGGAGACGACCAACAGCCGCCCGCACCCCAUCUGGCUGUGCAAGAUCUGCAGCGAGCAGCGCGAGGUGUGGAAGCGCUCCGGUGCCUGGUUUUUCAAGGGUUUGCCCAAGCAAGUGCUGCCCCAGCCGAUGCCCGUCAGCAAGAGCAAGGUGCCCUCGGCCCCCAGCGAGCCCAGCCCGGCGGAGCCCCCUGGCCCCGACCCCAAGCUCCCCGCCCGUGCGCCCAGCCGAGGCCAGGAGGACGAGCAGGACCGCUGCGGCAGCGAGGCGACGGCGGCCGCCCGGGUCCGCAAGCCGGCUGAGGCCAGGACGGGGCCGUGUGGCAGCGAGGACACCGACGGCCGUGACUACGCUGCCGAGAGCGGGGCCACCAGGAGCCCUGGCGUGAAGCGAGUCGACUCCCUGCAAGCCCCGCGGCCGCCCCCGCCGCCCGCUGCCACCCCCGGCCCUGCAGCACCCGCAGCGGGAAGGACGGGUCCUGGGGCGGCCGGACGGAUCCUGGAGGCACAGGCGAGCCCACCGCCGGGACCCCCGGAGCCAGUCUGUGCAGCCCCCAGGGAGGAGCGUGGUGGGGGCUAUGCUGUGCCCACAGCCCGGGAGGAGAGGCCAGCCCGGCCCCCCACCGCCCCGCAGCCCCCUGCCCCUCUGCGGCAGCCGCCUCCAGAGGAGGAGGAGGAGGACGCCAACAGCUACGACUCUGAUGAAGGCACCACGCUGGGCGCCCUGGAGUUCAGCCUGCUGUACGACCAGGAGAACAGCGCCCUGCACUGCACGCUCCUCCGGGCCAAGGGCUUAAAACCGAUGGACUCGAACGGCCUGGCGGAUCCCUACGUAAAGCUGCACCUCCUGCCCGGAGCCAGCAAGUCAAACAAGCUGAGGACGAAGACCCUGCGCAACACCCGCAACCCGGUGUGGAACGAGACCCUGGUGUACCACGGCAUCACGGACGAGGACAUGCAGCGCAAAACGCUCAGGAUCUCUGUGUGUGACGAAGACAAAUUUGGCCACAACGAGUUUAUUGGAGAAACUCGAGUUUCCUUGAAAAAACUCAAAGCCAACCAGAAAAAGAACUUCAACAUCUGCUUGGAGAGAGUAAUACCAAUGAAGCGUGCUGGGACGACCGGCUCGUCUCGCGGCAUGGCGCUGUACGAGGAGGAGGUGGAUCGCGGCGGGGACAUUGAGGAGCGCGGCAAGAUCCUGGUGUCCCUCAUGUACAGCACCCAGCAGGGCGGGCUGAUCGUGGGCAUCGUGCGCUGCGUGCACCUGGCUGCCAUGGAUGCCAACGGGUACUCGGACCCCUUCGUUAAGCUUUGGCUGAAACCUGACAUGGGAAAAAAGGCCAAGCAUAAGACCCAGAUAAAAAAGAAAACGUUGAAUCCUGAGUUUAACGAGGAGUUCUUCUACGACAUCAAGCACAGCGACCUGGCCAAGAAGUCUCUGGACAUUUCCGUCUGGGAUUACGACAUCGGCAAAUCCAACGAUUACAUCGGCGGAUGCCAGCUCGGCAUUACGGCGAAGGGGGAGCGCUUGAAACACUGGUACGAGUGCCUGAAGAACAAGGACAAGAAGAUCGAGCGCUGGCACACCCUCCAGAACGAGAACCACGUUGCCAGCGAUUAAAGGGAGCCGCUGCCCUGACCCCCGGCGGCCUCCCCUCCGCCACAUCCCUGCAGGCCCGACCGACGUCCGUCCGUCUUCCAGCGCAGUCACACCUCGCUACGCGGCCCCGGCCCCGGGCAGCAGCACUGCUCUGCCUCCUCCGAGCAUCCCCUGUCUUCUUCUUGCCUCUGCCUGAAACCUAGACCAGAUUUUUUUUUUUUUUUUUUUGUAUUCACUUCCUUUAUUUAUAUUCUCUUUUGGGUCACUGAAUUAUCCCGGUGUGCGACGUUGUCAAGCAAUAGUUCCCCACGAGCAUCCCUCGGCCUUUCUCAGCAGCCUCAUGCACACCGUGGCAGCGUUCCCACCUGUGUGUGUGACAGCCCGUGAUCCUCCUGCCCCUCUCCCUGCCCCAUGCCACCCUG